AUGACAUCCAAUCUGCCACCCCAGCCAAAUCUCCGAGUCACGAUCAUCGCGGCAGACGGUCUUUACAAACGCGAUGUUUUCCGAUUCCCCGAUCCAUUCGCCGUGGCUACGGUUGGGGGCGAACAAACCCAUACGACAUCGGUGAUCAAGAAGACUUUGAAUCCUUACUGGAAUGAACCCUUCGACUUGAGAGUCAACGAGGAUAGCAUUCUGGCGAUCCAGAUCUUCGACCAGAAGAAGUUCAAAAAGAAGGACCAGGGCUUCCUUGGUGUCAUCAAUGUUCGGAUCGGAGAUGUCAUUGAUCUUUCCAUGGGUGGUGAUGAGAUGCUCACUCGCGACCUCAAAAAAUCUAACGAUAACCUUAUUGUUCAUGGAAAAUUGAUUAUUAACCUUUCUACCAACCUUACCGCCACACAACAGUCCCAGCAAAAUGGCGGUGCUCAUCGCCCAGCGAACGCCCAAUCCUCUACCUCGAGUGGCCUUGUCCCACAAGUUGCAUCACCGAUACCCCCACCAUCGGGUGGCCCCAGUGCCGCAGACGGAUUGCCCGCUGCUAUGUCCAACGCGUCGCUCAACAACCGCUCGCCCUCGACUGGUGGACUUGCUGCGUCUCCUGCCCCUACCGGCGCUCCACCUAGUGCCAGUGCGGCAUCUCGCACCAACCUGAGCUCAUUUGAGGACAGCCAGGGCCGGCUGCCCGCCGGCUGGGAACGAAGAGAAGAUGGCUUGGGACGCACCUACUAUGUGGAUCACAAUACGCGGACUACGACAUGGUCCCGACCCUCUGCUAACUACACCGAAUCUGCUCAUCGUAGCCAGCGCGAAGCCAACAUGCAGCUGGAACGUCGAGCCCACCAGAGCCGAAUGUUGCCUGAAGAUCGCACUGGCACUAGCUCUCCGAACUUGCCAGAUCCUCAGCCGCAAACACCACCACCCCCGGUAGCAGCCCCAUCGGCCGCUCCCCCAGGGCCCCAGGCAAAUGCUGUUUCGAUGAUGGCAACGGGAGCUACCACUGCAGGCACUGGCGAGCUUCCACCAGGUUGGGAACAGCGACACACCCCUGAGGGGCGAUCAUAUUUUGUUGAUCACAAUACCCGCACCACAACCUGGGUUGAUCCUCGUCGCCAACAGUACAUUCGCAUGUAUGGUCAGAAUCAGAAUCAGGGCGGAAAUAAUACCACUAUUCAGCAACAGCCCGUUUCACAAUUGGGUCCCCUGCCCAGUGGAUGGGAAAUGCGACUUACAAAUACUGCUCGCGUGUACUUUGUGGACCACAAUACCAAAACUACUACUUGGGAUGAUCCUCGUCUACCUUCGUCUUUGGAUCAGGGUGUGCCACAGUACAAGCGUGAUUUCCGCCGCAAGCUGAUCUACUUCCGCUCGCAACCCGCUCUGCGGAUCAUGUCAGGCCAAUGCCACGUCAAGGUCCGUCGUAAUAAUAUAUUCGAGGAUUCUUACGCGGAGAUCAUGCGACAGAGCGCGUCCGAUCUGAAGAAGCGCUUGAUGAUCAAGUUCGAUGGCGAGGACGGUCUGGACUACGGUGGUCUUUCUCGUGAAUUCUUCUUCCUCCUUUCUCACGAAAUGUUCAAUCCCUUCUACUGUCUGUUCGAAUACUCCGCCCACGAUAAUUAUACCCUGCAGAUUAAUCCCCACUCUGGCGUCAACCCCGAGCAUCUCAAUUACUUCAAGUUCAUUGGCCGAGUGGUUGGCCUGGCCAUUUUCCAUCGCCGUUUCCUGGAUUCUUUCUUCAUUGGAGCAUUUUACAAGAUGAUGCUUCGGAAGAAGGUUACUCUUCAAGAUAUGGAGGGUGUCGACGAAGAUUUACAUCGCAACCUAGCAUGGACUUUGGAUAAUGACAUCGAAGGAAUUGUGGAGCUUACAUUUUCUGUUGAUGAUGAGAAAUUUGGCGAGCGUCGCACUAUUGAUUUGAUACCCGGUGGCCGGGAUAUUCCCGUCACCAACGAGAAUAAGCCACAGUAUAUUGAGUUGGUUACCGAGUGGAAGAUUGUCAAGCGUGUGGAAGAGCAGUUCAAUGCUUUCAUGUCCGGCUUCAACGAGCUUAUUCCGCCGGAUCUCGUGAAUGUGUUCGAUGAGCGUGAAUUAGAGUUGCUUAUUGGUGGUAUCGCUGAUAUCGACGUGGAUGACUGGAAGAAGCACACGGAUUACCGUGGCUACCAGGAGCAGGAUGAGGUUAUUCAGAACUUCUGGAAGAUUGUCCGCACCUGGGAUGCGGAGCAGAAGUCGCGUCUUCUCCAGUUCACUACUGGAACUUCGCGUAUUCCUGUGAACGGCUUCAAGGAUCUUCAAGGUUCCGAUGGACCUAGACGAUUCACUAUUGAGAAGUCUGGCGAUCCUAAUGCCCUCCCCAAGUCUCACACUUGCUUUAACCGUCUGGAUCUUCCGCCUUACAAGACCCACGAUGCCCUUGAGCACAAGAUGUCUAUUGCAGUGGAGGAAACUCUUGGAUUUGGACAGGAAUAG